AUGACGGCAAAAACAGUACGCAAACAGAAGACACGGGUCGGUUCGGCCAGUUUGGGCGGCGGCGGCGGCGGCACUGGCAGUCGCUACAAAGUGACCGCACGCUGCGUGCCAGAAGUAAGCAUAACCUCACCGACCAACGGGCAUUAUCAUGAAUUACAGGCACCAUCGACGACAUCAUCCGCUUCACCAUCGUCCACGUCAACGCCAUCGCCAUCGCCAUCGCCACAACCACCAGCAGUCACAUCGCAUGCGCAUUCGCAACAGCUCGCCAAUCAUCACUCAUCCGAACAGCUGCCAUUAAAAAAUCCAACAGCACAACAGUCACAAUCAGAAAAUCAACUUCAGUCGCAUCCACAGUCACAUCACAAACAACAACAACAACAACAACAACAUAAUAAUAAACAACAUCAUAAGAAAUCGAAAAGCAAGCAAAGUAGCGACAGCAACAGUCACUGCUAUAGCAACUACAACUACAACAUCAACAGCAUUAAUAAUAGCAACAGCCACAGCCAUAGCCAACCUAACCACAAUAGUAGUAACAGUAACAGUAACAGAGCCACACUGGUCGAGGAAGAGGACUUCAAUGAAUUAACAGCGGUACCUACAGCGACAAUUGUGAUAGCGACAAACGUCAACGGUAAAGUGCGCGUGAGUCCACAAAUAAGCGGCAACGUCUCAAGUUCCGAUACUGGCGUGGUCACCAGCAAGAGAACGGGUCGUCAUCUGCCAGCGCCUUUAAAGCUGACCACCAUCACACGCCCAGGUCCGUCGUCAACGAAAAAUGCGCUAAAACGCCAACAGGCGACCCAGCAGCAACAGCAGAAGCAGACGAGCCCCACAUCAGCCUCAGUAAAAUUGACGGCCCAAGCCAGCGAAGAGAGCCAACUCACUGAACUGACGCCUUUGGUAGACACCGACGAUAAAACACUAAGUCACAGCCCAGUAACGCCCACAUUCUCUUCGAAUACGAACACCGCCAGCUCAACACAGCGUUCGAAUAGCACAGCGAUCGCCGCUUCUGUAUCGCCGACUAGUAUUGGUGUGGCCGCAACAACACAGUUUGGUGGCGGCUUAACGCCCGCCACGUCCGCAGCAAGCAUUAACGCCACAAUCGGCGCAGCGAAUUCGCCAAACGUUUACGGUCAACAGUCCAGCGUACCGGCCGCGCCAACGGCGCCUCCACCUACAGUGGUUGCCGCAGCUGCAGCUGCUGCCGCCGCCGCCACCACCACAACCUAUAGUCACAAUUCGAAGACCACCCGCUCCUGGCCGGUGAUCUAUCGCAAUCCACAUCACUACGACUACGAAGCGCUCUACGUACAGGCCAACAGCGGCAGCGGUAAAUCUACAACCGGCAGCAAUCAUCACUACCACCACCAGCCGCCAAGCCAUUAUCAAACUGGUAGCAGCGCUUUUAAACAAAAUUGCUACUCAAAUCAAUUUGCGCAAUCGAUAUUAUAUACGUCCAGUAAUGAGGACUUGAGCGCAAUCAAUGAGCACGGCAGUAGCGGGGGCGGACUCAAUGGUGUGGCUUGCGGUGCGUCCGGUGGCAGCGGCACCUUCGGCAUUGGCAACGGCCACAGUAAUCACCAAAACAAAUCAACAAAUAGCAAUACACAAACGACGUGCUACUACUUCGCGCCCAGUCGGCACAACAGCAUUUAUGAACACCCCUCGGCGGUGGUACAAAACUCGUUUCACUUCGAUCCAACGGCGGCAACAAGUGCAGCCGCAGCAGCGGCUGUUGAGAUGGUGGUGGCGGCGGCCUUAUCGAUGGCUCAGCUGGUGGCCUGGGCACGCCAACGUCACUGA